AUGCGCGCCUACCAAUUCACCACCACCUCCCCAACCCUCGAGCGCAACCUCACCCUCAACCCCCGCGCCCCCCUCCCUCCCACCGCCACCUCCCUCGCCCCCUCCACCGUCCUCGUCAAAGUCCUCGCCGCCUCCCUCAACGCUUUCGACUUCAAACUCCCCGAACUCCGCUACCUCGGCCGUCUCGCUGUCGGCAGGCCCAGUGUGCCUUGUAUGGAUUUCGCGGGGCGUGUCGUAGCUUUGGGAAAAGAAACAGGUCUGGAAGUGGGGGAUUUAGUCUAUGGGAGAUUGGAUGGGCCGACGAAGUUCGGGACCCUGGCGGAAUACACGGUCGUGCCGAGAGCUGGGUGCGCGAAGCUGCCGGAGGGCGUGAGUGUGGUUGAUGGUGCGGCGGCUGGGAGUGUGAGCUAUUGUGCCGAAAUUGGGGGUAUUGGUGGCGGGGUGGGGAAGAAGAUUUUCAUAAAUGGCGGGAGUGGUGGGACGGGGACUUUUGGGAUUCAGAUUGCCAAAGCGAUGGGGUGUGAGGUUGUCACGAGCUGUUCGACGGGGAAUGUGGGGUUGUGUGAGAGUUUGGGUGCGGAUGUGGUCGUUGAUUAUAAGACGCAGGAUGUGUUGGCCGAGGUGAAGAGGAUUAGUGGGUUUGAUUUGGUGGUGGAUUUUGUGGGGACGCCGGGGGGUUGUAUUGGGAGGGACCGGCGUUUAUGA